GGGUGUUGUCAGGACGAGCUGGUCUAUCCAAUAUUUGAUCAAAGCCAUCCUUCACUACGAGACGCAGGGGUGUCACAGUUGAUCUAGUCCCGUGUCAACUUUCUACGUCACAUAAGGUGGGAGGCGUGUCCCCUCCACCCCCCCUACCCCCCAGAAUCUCUGCACUGUGUAGAAGGUUACGUCAAACUGUAGAUAUGCUUUAUCUGACUCAUGAAACUGCAACAAGGAUGUAAAAGUAUCUAAAAUAUGUUGUUGUUUUUUUAUGUGUUGAACUGGAAUUAAAUCAUAUGUUUUUUAUAGGCGUGUGUGUGUGUAGUUCAUCUUUGUUCCGAAGUGUUUCAUACUUUGAUUCCGCUUGUUUUUAACCCAACAGUUUUCAGUAAUGGCCGCCUGUCUAAUUCUAUCUCUACUAUAAGGAGGCCAUGCCAACGGUUUUUACCAUUAGAUUACUUUACUGUGUUUGUUUUGUUUUUUUUGUAGUUGACAUUUUUUAAUUGUUAUAUGUUAUUUGUAACUUGUAAACUAUGCAGUUUAUGACCGAAAAAAAAAAUGAUUAAUUUAACAAAAGAUCAAGUAAAUUUGAUGCCCAUGGUUAAAAACAUAAAAUAAUUUUUAAACAUAUACAUUUCAUGCACAAAUAUGCAUUACCGUAACCAAUUGUUCAUGAUAAAAUAUGGACUUGUGGAAAUCUAGUGGAUUCUAAGUUGACAAAUUUCGUAAGAAAAAAAAAAAACGUAGGUCCCGAUUUUUUUUUUUAAAAAAAAAAAAAAAAAACUAAAAUGCCAGCCUUGUAGAAAAUACUUCCGAUUGGAUUAGUUUGAUUCAAAGUGAAAGCUACUCAAAAUGUUCAAUGGGAGAUAUUGAAAACGUUACAAUUUUUUUUUUUUUUAAAUGUUGUUUCAAAAAUUGGAGAAGAUGCCAUUGAAUGAAGCCAACCACUGUUGUAACUAGAAGUAAUGAGCAGAACAUUUUGAAUUAAUGGUUUUUGUUAUUUUAAACUUCCCUUUUAUAUUUAUUUUUUUUUUUUUCAUUUAGAUUUAAACCAUUCAGAAGGGAUAUGCUCCUACCUUUGACAAAUUUCACGUUGAAUGUUAUUUGAUCAACUCCUUUUGACAACUUUCAAGUUUAAUGGUUUUUUUUUCAACUCUUUUUUGACAACUUUCAAGUUUAAUGUUGUUUUUUCAACUCUUUUUUGACAACUUUCAAGUUUAAAGUUGUUUUUUCAACUCUUUUUUGACAACUUUCACGUUUAAAGUUGUUUUAUCAACUUUUUAUAUUUAUUAUUAUUUUUAAAUACUUCCCUUACCCCCCCCCCCCAAAUCCCACCCGGGAUGAGAUUAUGAUUGCGAUAAGUAUUAGUGUGCGAGGUACCACACAUUUGUUUCCGACUUCUUGAAAUCGUAGCUACUUUUUCAAAAAAACUUUCUACUCUCAAAACCAUGGGGGUUUACAACUUUAUAGAAUAACUUUUUUGUUAUCACACGUGACCCAGUCGCUCAGUUGAUCGUGGGUAGGGGAGCUCAGACGUGAGCUGUAUGAUUUUGGGAAGGGUUUAUUCACAAGGGCUUAGGGGCUGGGCAUGCGGCGAUUAGACUCGGAACAACGAACGCCUUCGACCAGUCGAACAGAGGUACAAAACACCGCAGUCUUUAACUUUCUACAUUUUAGUUGUAUGCUUAGGCAAAGAGUUAAUUACUUUUAACCGGGCCUCUGUACGCAUUCGUUGUUUCAAAAAUUAAUUCUCUUUAUCCAGCGAAUUACAUAUUCAAAUUUUCAUACUGAAAAGUUGAAAAUAUAUUUUUUUAAAGUGUUAACAACUUGUUUAAAAGACUUCUUUUACAGACGAGUUCAACAUAUUAAAAAGGAACUUAAAAUAAAUUUCUUCAAAUGCAUUACGCAUUAUAAAGAAAGUCUAUGCAGAUAAUAUUUUCAAAAAUUAAAAAAAAUAAUAAUAAUAACCUUAUUCAAAUCCUUGAUAAAUGCCUUACCACCCCCCCCCUCCCCUUUUUCCUUUUGUACAGACUUUCUUUACGAAAUGUUUUUUUAAGAAAUGUAAAAAAAAUAUGUUCUUUUUUUAGUGCGUUUAAACUCGUCUUUAAAAGAAAGGGUGUUUUGUUUUUCAUUUGUUUUUUUGGUGGGGGGUCUUUUUUAGUAUUUUAUUCAUUAAUGUGUUAACAUAUGUUUUCAUGCAUUAACAGUCUGUGAUUAGUGUAACUGAUUACAAUUUAUAUAUUUUUUGAAAGAGAGAAGCCAGACCCAAAGAAGAAGAAAAAAAUUAAAUGUUUAUUAAUAUUUGAAAGCUACCAAAAUAAUGAUGUCAAUCAAGACCUGAUCUAAAAAUAGCGUAAAACAGACAGCACGGCUACUUUUUGUGUCUGAUAAGGAAAGGGGAGUAAUCGGCACGCUACUUUAGUACGGUGCAAAGCCAACUGUUGUACAUCAUUGACUGACGUGAACUGAUGGAUAGUGUCACUCUGAACGGUUAGUGGAGGAAUCAAAGAUCAGAUCAGUAGGAACAUAUUUGGUGAAAGAAUGAACGAUUAUUAGAAAUAGAGCCAGAUAGGGAAGGAAUAAACAAUCAGAUCAGUAGAAAUAGAGCCAGGUAGUGAAUGAAUGAACAAUCAGAUUUGUAGAAUUAUAGCCAGGUAGUGAAAGAGUAACAAUCAGAUUAGUAGAAAUAGAGCCAGGUAGUGAUGUUCUCACUAAUACUCUUAGAUUCUGGUGGGGGUUAAUCAAAUGUUCGAUACUCUACUUUCCAGGCUAUUCACCCCUUUCCGUGUUAACUAAUUACAGGAAAAAGAAAUAAAUUUUGUAAUUCUGGAAAUCUUAUCAAGACAAUUUUUUCUGACUAUUUUUUAUUUAAACAAAAUCGUUCUGUUAAUCUAUGUUGAAAAAAAAAAGAUUUUGAAGAUAUUCAAAUGUUUACUUUUGAAUAUUUAUGCUUGCUUAUCUCCCCUGAAAACCAGAAAAAAUAACACUUAAUUUGCACCUCUUUGAACCUCAGUCUGCUUUUGUGUGGUCCUAAGACAGACUUACAUUUCUCACAGAUAAACCGAUCCGAAUCGCUUGCAUUUGCCCUAAUUCAGUGGCUUUCAACCUGUGGGUCACGAGCCUCUCGGGGUUCACCUGACAAUACGACAGGGGUCGCUAGAGAAUGACAGAAUUAAUAUAUUUACCUAUAAAAUUUUGCUGAAUAACAGUUCACAAUGCUUUAUUUUAAAAUGAUUAUGCUUUACAUAAGAAGAUAACAUUGCAUGAUACGUAUUUCUUUUCUUUUUUUCUUCCUUUUUUUUUUUUGUUGAAAAGGUAAUUUUUUUUUUUAAAUGAAAACUCAAUUACAUUCAACACCUUAACCUCCCCACCACCACCCCUCCUAAAAAGAUACGGUAGUCAACACCUGAUUAUCACUGUGCAAACAUAAGUUCUGGUUGAAGGUUGUCACAACUUGGCCAAACGUUAUCAAGAGGUCACGUGAUUAAGUUCAUUCCCCCAGUCCUAAUGAUACGAUUUGUCUGGAAGGAUGUUUGGGAUGAUGUUUGGGAUGAUGUUUUGGAUGAUGUUUGGGAUGAUGUUUGGGAUGAUGUUUGGGGUGAUGUUUGGGAUGAUGUUUGGAAUGAUGUUUGGGAUGAUGUCCCUCAAGUCAUUUGUUUUAUGAAUUCUACUUUCUUAUCGUGUUUUUUGUGAUCAUUGUUUUCUCGUCUAUCCAGCUACCACAGAUAACUCUUCGUUCCUGAUCACAACUGUCUAUCCAGCGAUCAUAGAUAAUUCUUCGUUCCUGACCACAACUGUCUAUCCAGCGAUCAUAGAUAAUUCUUCGUUCCUGAGCACAACUGCACACAGGAUUUAUUUUGGCGUGGGACUCGGCUGUGGUCUUCUCGUCCUACUGACAUUGGUUGCCGUAACUAUAAUUGUCACGUGCUGCAACAAACGGACCAGGCCUGGGGGCCCUAGGAUUGGAAGGUAACAUGCGUUGGGGGGUAAUUCGGCAGGAAACGGACCAGGCCUGGGGGCUCUGUGAAUGGAAGGUAUCAUGCGUUGGGGGGUAGUUUGGCAGAAAAUGGACUAGGCCUGGGGGCCCAAGGAUUGGAAGGUAGCAUGGUUAAGUGACACUUAAUGUCGUAUGACAUUUGGAAAUAAAUGUUAUUCUAAAAAGUUAGAAAGGAUACUAUUGCCUAAUACAAUGUCAGCCCAGCAACAUAGGUACACGAGGCACCACAACUAUUUUUUCUUGUAUUAGAAAACUUAUUUCAAGACUGCAAAUAAUUUAAAUUGCUUUUGGGACUUACAUUUGUUUCAAAUUUUUUUUACUGAAAAGAUGAUGUCAUGGGUGUGUGACGCUAGGUAGCUGGUUCAAUGUGGAAACAGUGUUUCUUUCAAAAAUCUCUCCACACCCCCACCUCCGGAGAAAGUCAAGUGCCCCCAAACCGAGCAAUUGUGCCCUAAUUGUGCCCCAAAGUGCCCAUCCCGUAGAAAAUUGCGUACAACCAAAAAGUUAAACUAUAUUUUAUAAAAACGUUUAAUUUGUCAUUUUAAAAAGAACAUUAACUGGUGCCUUGAACCGAUUACACGUAGUAGAACUUAAGAAUAUAUCCACACGCUCGAUAUAUAUAUUGAUGACACGUAUAGUUAAAGUUAAUCUUGUUAGAAGCUUGCGCUAUUCGAAUAUGAAUAACGAAGUUUUCCGAAAAUUCGCCGCUCCUGAUUUUAAACCGAAGACUUAAUUCUUGUUCGCAUAUAUCGGUAUUUUUAUUUAUUUAUUUAUAUUUUGAAACUUGACGAGUUUUAAAUUUCAAGACUUAAGUAACACUGUAUCAAAUGCUGUGUUAAAGGUUCAUAAUUUUAGACGUAGGGAUAGGUGUAAAUUUCCAAAUGAGUGAUAGCAUCAUGCUUUUAAAAAUAUAGUCAUAAGCAUAAUUUUAAAUGUACUUGAUUCCAUUUAUGUUGAGCUAGAUAAAAUGAAAAAAUGACGACUUUAAAGGCACAUAUAAUUAGUGCGUAUUUCAUCAUUGAUUAUUAAAUCGAAAGCAUUUGUGUUUUCUUUAAAUGUGCUACUUUUCUAGACAAAUUUCCUGAUAAACAGAUUUUUUUUUAUACCUAGCCUAUAUUUAUUAAAUUCACAAAUUCUUGUUAAUUCAUAAAAAUAAAAAAUAGCCCCAACUUUUUGCACGCAAAACAAAUUUUAAAAAAUAUAUUAUUUUACAAGAGAAUCCUGUAGAAAGCUACCCACCCCCCCCCUCCACCCCGCUCUUUCCGAUCUCCCAAACACAUACACACGUUUUUUAAAACUAAAAUUAAGAUUAUCAUGCAAAUUCCAUUUUUGUUACAAGUAUUAGAAAAAAAAUAGUUUCUUCCUAAAUCGUCAAUAUAUACCUAAUUUCUUUUAAUUUGGUAUUAAAAAAAUUGGUAUAACAAAAGCAGGCCAAACAAUGCAGUCGCUUGACUUUUCUAGGCCAACUUGCCACUUUUUGGUUUUGUUCUUCCCCACAUUGCAUUCAAAGAUGAUAAUUUAAAAAAGUUGUUUUCAAAUUUUAUGCAAAAUGUUGCAAAACGACAUUCAGAUAUGUGCUAAAAUGCAUUCCUGCAUUUUGAACUCAUAAAAAAAUUUCUGGUGACUAUUAAGAUUUAAAAGGUGAGCAUACCCUAGGGCAAGAAGCAUACCCUCAAGGGCGACACAAUGGCAUGAAUCUAGUUCAUAAUGGACUGGGUCCGAGAGAUGUCCUUAAAUUGAUUGUUGUUAUGGCUAAUUUUGGCGCUCCCCACCCGAAAAUCUGAAUGCCUCCUACAAUUGUCUGAAAGAAAAAAAUUCAAGAAUAUGCCAAAAUAUAUCCCUGUAUUUGGUAUGUGCCUGACAGUCUUCGGCACUCUCAAAUCUGCAUUCCCUCCCCCGCGCUGAUCACUGUGACAGUACGGCGUUGAAUAUAAGCUUUUGUCAAAGGAUUAUUUUGGGGCAUACCCCAAUUGAAGUGAACUCAAAUUAUGUAUAGGAUUGGGCGCCACAAGGCUCCCUCCCACCACCCCCCCCCCCGGAUUCUUAAAAGAUUAUAUCCCCCCGAUCAAAAAGUCUACUUGAAACACUGAAUUCAGGUAUGUUCCAAAUUGCGACUCGUGAUUUUGAAACCAUCAAACAUUUUCAUUUGAGGAAGCUCCCCAGACCCAUCUUCCGCUCGAGUCAUCAGCAUCCUCGAUUUCUGCCUUAACUCCCGAAAAUCCUGCUCCUCCAUGUAAAGAAAAAGUGACACCUGGGUGGACCACCUUAUCCUUUCCUUUCUACGCCACUGGCAGAAGCGCCAAGGAGAAAAGAUUAACUUUCAUGCUCCCCCACUUAUUCAGUUCUGAAGUCCUUUAUUUUCAUCCAUUAAAUACAACCAAAGCCCAUUUUGCGCUCCCGCUAGACUGGUGCUGGGUGCAACUGUCCCACUGGCAAUGCGCCACUCGAAAAUUUGAAAUUCAUCCCCGACCCCCCACCUCUUUUUUUUCUCGAGGAAAUAGUCUGAAAGAAACCAUGAAUGAAAAUCAUCUUUAUGUCUGUGAAAUAAACGUUCUUAAACGAUGUGUUUUUAAGCAUAAUUUAGGUCAAUAAAUAUUUUGUAAGCUUUCAUUUUAAGUUUAUAUGAUAAAACUCGUUUACACUUCAUCCGUGACAAUUUCAUUUGUUGUAUUUUUCUAUUGUAUAUAGAAUGGUCUCCUACGCUAACUCAGAUUUUGACACGUACAGACCAGUCAACGUUUCUGUGUAAGUGUUCAAAGCUAGUUUUGUGGUUAGAUCUGUGUCAGUGUUCAAAACUUGUUUUGUUUCUAGAUCUUUGUAAGUGUACAAAGUUAGUUUUGUAGCUACAUACGAGUUAGUGUUCAAAACUAGUUUUGUGGCUCCAUCCGUGUAAGUGUUCAACGUUAUUUUGUGGCUAAUCUUUUUUUAAGUGUUUAUAGCUAGAUUUGUUGCUAGAUCCGUGUAAGUUUUGAUAACGUGUUGAGAGGUUACUUUAAAUUUUUCUGUGUCUAUUCCUUAAGUAUGGAGACUAAAUUAACUUAACAUAUGCGUAUAUGUUAGUACCUUCCUGUUAAUGAGAAGAAUUGUCCCACUAAAAUUGUUCACCUAAUUGUCUAUUUCCAGUUUCAGCACGCCUAAAAGUCGGUCCAUGUGGGAUCAUCGGCAACAACCAUCUUCCCCAUCCCCUACGAUCACCACCAUCUCCAACCGAAACGACUUAAUUUACGGUAUCAAUGACAAGUCAAUCAAAAUGUUGGAUGACAUCUUUGGUCCUCAGGUAAACCAUCGUGUUUUAGAUGACAUCUUUGGUCCUCAGGUAAACCAUCGUGUUUUAGAUGACAUCUUUGGUCCUCAGGUAAACCAUCGUGUUUUAGAUGACAUCUUUGGUCCUCAGGUAAACCAUCGUGUUUUAGAUGACAUCUUUGGUCCUCAGGUAAACCAUCGUGUUGUCAUAAAGAUGGUUUUUAAAGUUCGUUGAUAAAGAUCGGUUUUAGUUCGAUGUUACAGAUAAUAUUUUAGUUCGAUGAUAAAUACCAUAUUUCAGUUCAGUUAUAAAGAUAAUAUUUUAGUUUGAUGAUAAAGAUCAUUUGUAAGUUCAUUUAUAAAGAUCAUAUUUUAGCUUUUCGAUAACCAUACUUGAUAGUGUGAAUCUUAAAUCAUUAUUGGAACUGUUUCUUUCUUCUUUUUUUUUACAGAAGAGGAUGUAUGAAGUGUAAUUCUGAUGGCAUGCAGGGGGAGAAGUUACCAUGGAGAUGAAAUAUGAACAUCUACAGAAAAACUAAAUGUGAAAUAACAAGUAAUGAAUGUGCUAACAUGUGGAGGAUAGAUUGCAAUGUGUCUAAGAAAUCCAACGCUGACCUGUAGAGUAGAAGCUGCAGUUAUGGAGCCAUUGAAUUUUGCUAACUUGGCUGCCUGAGAUGAAAUACAAUUGUUUUAUUGUAUCUUUCGAAUGUCCAUUCCAUGUAAAGUUGUUGAUGAUUUGUUAUUACUGAACUGAACUAAAACAGUUCCUCACUAAACUGAUUUAAAAUAUGCCUACGUUGUCAUUAAAAUGAUCUAAAAUAAAUUUUCCUUAAACUGAUCUAAAACAUGUUAGAAUGUCAUCCUAUAUCAUUUUAUACUAAACUCAUCUAAAUAAAUGUAUCAUUUAAAUAACUGAAAUCGUGAUUUAAAAAAAAAAUCAAAUAUAGGAUAAUUUAUUAUACUAUAAUAUGUGAAAAAAAACGCGCAGUUCUGACACUGCCCCACGUUUAAUGCAUCUGUGAGUUUUGUCAAAGGUGUGUCAUCUCCAGAUGCCACGUAUCGCCAGUAGUGAAAAUAAAGAUAUGUUGGGACGUU